GGGUCUCUGGCAAGUACUUCUGUUGUCUCUGGUGGUGAUUGCCUGCCUCUUCUCUCUGGCUUGUGUUGCUGGCUUGAUUUUAAGAAGUACUAUUAUCCUUACUACGAUUCUUCUAAAUUUCUCUUUGGUUUCGCCUGGCCGCUGCGGGAAGAACUGAAUCGCUUUCCUAGUCUUGAUCUGUCUCAUCAUGCUGACCAGAAAAUCAACAAUGUGUCCUACAACGCUGGAGAAAGAGAAAGAGAGGUGAGAAGUUGUGUGAAUGCCGACACCCGCAUUACCUCUCGUCAAAAUUGGAAUCAUAGAGGGGGCCAGGAUGCCACCAACAGACCAUUAGUGCUCUUCAGACUCAGCUU